ACUCUGACUUUUUUGGGUUAUCCCAGGUUCUCUACACAUAUACUGCUAUGUAUGAUAAUUCUAUGUAACUGUAUUUGUGUAUACCUGAAUAAACUUACUUACUUACUUAAAAAGAUUCGGCAAAAGUUGUCAGUGAUCCUAUAUACCCCAAGAAGAUACGGCAAAAGCUGUCAAUGGCCCUAUAAAUCCAAUAAGCGAGAUUGUUAGUGGCCCUAUAAACCCCCAACAACACUUGUAACAAGUCCAAGAAGUUACUGUACCUCAUAGUACAUAUCGAGUUCUUCUCUUAGUUAAUCAUCCAUUUAAGUCAUCUACCAAUGAAAUUUUUGUUAAGGGGCUUAAUACGUGGAAAAACAGCUAUACUUGACAACAGGAACCACUUGAUUCCUGGAAUACAAAGUAUGUUCAAAAUGGCUGCUAGGGUGAUGUAAUGAGUCGCUUUCUCAUUUUACUAUAAGGACAGACGUUUUAAACAGUAGCUUGUCCUUUAACUUAAUAUGAGCAAGUUUGUGAUUAAGAGAAAACAUGAGGAUGACUGCGGUGAGGGCAAAAAGGAACACAAAGGUGGAAAUAUGAGUGAAAGAAAAAGAACAGUUCCCACUUCCGGUAAAACUGAUGUGAUUAGAAAAAAGAAAAGGCGUUUGUAUUUGGACAGUUAUUUAGGUCUGGGAUUUACUUUGUGUGGUGAUGAAGUUAAUUCUAUGCCAGAAUGUGUUAUUUGUGGUGAUAAACUGGCCAAUGAAGCUAUGGUACCCAGCAAAUUAAAGAGACAUUUCACUACGAAACAUGGUCAUCUUACUAACAAGCCUCGAUCAUACUUCGAGAGACUUUUAAAUGAGCGAAAACAACAGAACCUGACAUUAUCUAAAAUAAUCAAAGUUUCUAAUAAAGCUCAAGAGGCCAGCUACUUAGUGGCAGAAUUACUCGCUAAAAAUAUGAAACCUCGUUCAGAAGCAGAGACACUUAUUCUCCCUGCUUGCAGUACCAUAGUAAAAACAAUGUUUGGGAAUGAAGCAGAAAAAGAAGUUAAAAAGAUUCCACUCUCAGAUAAUACCAAGAAUAAGCAGGAUGAUACUAGACCAAAGAGGGUGGCAGUGACACAGAUGACUGCAUCUCGAGACAAAGAAGCAAAUUUUAUCACCUGUGUUGACUUAGUGAGAAGAGCAGUGGAAUCAGGAGCUCAGAUGGUGUUUCUUCCUGAGGCUUGUGACUACAUUGCUGAAUCAAAGGAAGAAUCAGUUCAAUUUGCAGAGUCUAUUAAUGGACCACUGGUGUCUAAAUAUCAGAAGUUGGCAGCAGAAGUGCAAGUUUGGUUAUCACUGGGAGGACUACAUAUAAAGGAAACAGAAGAUAAAAUAAGAAAUACACAUAUAGUGAUAGAUAACACAGGCAAGAUUGUAUCGACCUACAGCAAGGCGCAUCUGUUCAGUGUGCAUAUUCCAGAGAGGAACUUGCACCUUGAGGAAAAAGCCUAUGUAUCACCUGGCAAAGCAAUACUUCCUCCUAUCUCUACCCCAGUGGGAGCUGUUGCUCUCUCCAUUUGCUAUGAUGUGCGGUUUCCAGUGAGUUUAAUACAGAGAAAACUUGGUGCACAAAUUUUGAUCCCAUCAGCCUUUACAGUCACAACUGGUCUAGCUCACUGGGAGGCUCUUCUUCGAGUUCGAGCAAUAGAAACACAGUGCUAUGUUAUUGCAGCAGCCCAGACUGGCCAGCACAACAAGAAAAGAUCUUCAUAUGGUCAUGCCAUGGUUGUGGAUCCCUGGGGAGCUGUAGUCUGCCAAGUUAGUGAAGGAACUAACUUUGCACUGGCAGACAUAAACCUUGAUUAUCUACAAAAUAUUCGGCAAGAAAUGCCGGUACUGUCACAUCGUCGUCUAGACUUGUAUCACAUUCUUGAUAUGCAGUUUCCAGACUACCCAAGAAUUUGUGAGCUGCUUCCAUUUCCAAGUUCAUACGUCAGCUAUCAGUUUGGGACGGUAUCAGUUCCUGGGUCGUGUGUUUUUCUCAAGACUCAGCUUUCUCAAGCAUUUGUCAACAAAAGGCCGAUAGUUCCAGGACAUGUUCUUCUGACUCCCGAGAGACCUGCCAAGAGGUUUCACCAACUGCAGGUCCCGGAGCUUAGUGACUUGGCUCAGCUCACCCAGAAAGCUCUAGAAGUCAUUAUGUGCUGUUACCAAGAAAAGACUUGUCAGAUUGCCAUUCAAGAUGGUCCAGCAGCCGGGCAAACCAUUGAUCAUAUUCACAUUCACAUUGUACCACUGAACCCAAGUUUGAACCAGAAACUACAGGGACACGAGGAAGAUGGCACAGAGCAUUGGAGAGACACAAAUGAAAUGCAGGAGGAAGCCAGCCAGCUUAGGCAAUCGGCAACACAGAUACUUCCCAAUUUCUAUAAUGUUGAACCUGGAAUCCCUUGUAACACAUGUGUGGAGAUUCCUGAGCCUGAGUGUCUUGAAAACUUUCAGUUUGGUUCAGUACAAGUUCCAAACAGUUGUGUGAUUGUUAAAACAAAACAUACUUACGUGUUUGUGGCACCCUCUCCUGUUUUGCCAGGACAUAUCUAUGUAACCUUCCUUAAGCCUUGUGCAGGCUAUAGAAAGGCAAGUGCUGAACAGGUCACAGACUUUUUCAUUGUAAUGCAGUCAGCUGAGCGCCUCGUGGAAACCAGCCACAAGGCUGAGUCAUCUACCAUUAUCCUCUUAGAAGAUGCAGACUUAAUUCAGGAUCAGAAUUUGCACGUACACGCUCACAUCAUUCCAAGGACAGAAGAUGACCUUGCAAACAAUGAUAAUGUUUACGUGGAUGUUUUAAAUCAUUUUAAGCAGCAUUCUGAAUGGACUUUUUCACAGGAGGUCAUAGCUUAUGCUAGUCAUUUAAGACGUUUAUGGCUUGAAUUGAACAAUUAAUGUUCCAUUUGAAUUAACAGCAAAUGUUCAAUAUACGUACUUUUGUUGUUUGAACUUGCCUUCACUUCUACAUCCUUGGAUGUUACUGCUUACACUCCUUCAAAUAACAUGUGAUUUAAAAGUAACAGUUACUUGUUAAAUUAUGCAAAAUUACAUUAAUAAUGUUUUAUAUUUACUGUAAUUUUUGUAAAUAUAUGCAGCCUCUCCUCACUUAACGAUGGAGUUCCGUUCCUAAGACCACGUCGGUAAACGAAUUUGUUACUGAGAAGCGUACUAUAAUGGUAAUGGGUUUGUGUCAACCAUCUUUGAUAUUGUUUUAGUGUCACCUUUGCACCAUUUAUAAUAUUUCUAGUAUAUUUAUAAAUGUUUAUACAGUAGUGUCCUGUAUAUUAUAAUAA